UUGACUUCAAACCAUACAACAUUAUUUUAUACAACACUUGAUAUUGUUAAUGCAGCAGCUUCAAUCUCUCAUUCCAAACCAAACACAAACACAGAAAAACAGAGAGAAGAAAAUUUCCAACUUCUUCAAUGCCUUCUUCUUCUUCCAAACCCUCUCUGUUCUUCUUCCUUUGUUGCUUUGUAGCUACUGUGCUAUGCGACCCACGAGCACAAAAAGCAGCUCUGUUAUGCACCAACAAAACAGCAUCAUCAUCAACUCAACAAUCCUUCAUAGCAAACUUUCUAGCAGCAAUGGACGCGUUGACUCCUCUGAUCACAAGUCAAAGAUACGGUGCAGUUGUGAACGGGUCAACUCAGAGUGAUCAAAACGCCACUGUUUACGCUUUCGGUGAGUGCAUGAAGGAUCUUUCUCAAUCUGACUGCAACUUGUGCGUUGCUCAGUGCAAGACCCAGAUCCUCCGUUGCUUCCCGUUUCAGCGAGGGAUUCGCGGUGGGAGGCUCUUCUAUGAUGGGUGCUACCUCAGGUACGAUGACUAUAGUUUCUUCAACGAGAGUCUUGGUGGUCAAGACACGACGGUGUGUGGGGACAGUGAUUUUGGUGGGAACAGUAGCUCUGUUUUUGAAGCUAAUGCUAUGGAUUUGGUGAGGAAUUUAAGUGUUUUAGCGCCGAAGAAUGAUGGGUUCUUUGUGGGGUUUGUGGAUAGAAGGAAUGUUUCUGUUUAUGGGUUGGCUCAGUGUUGGGAAUUUGUCAAUGGCACUGCCUGCAAGCAAUGCUUGGCAGAUGCGGUUACUAGGAUUGCUUCUUGUGCGGGUAAAGAAGAAGGGAGGGCGUUUAAUUCUGGUUGUUACUUGAGGUAUUCUACCAAGAAGUUCUAUGACAAUUCAACCAGUGAUGCAGCACCUGCAGGAAGUCAUGGACACCGGAAAGUUGCCAUAAUUCUGGCUUCAUCUUUUGCUGCGGUGGCUCUUCUGCUGGUUAUUGCAUCAGUUGUUUUCUUUACAAGGAAGAAUCUAAUGGCGAGGAGAAGAGAAAGAAGAAGGUUUGGUGCAUUUUUGGACACUGUGAACAAGUCCAAGCUAAAUGUGCCAUAUGAAAUUCUGGAAAAAGCAACUAAUUACUUUAACGAUGCAAAUAAGCUUGGGCAAGGAGGAUCAGGUUCCGUUUAUAAAGGAGUUAUGCCAGAUGGAAAUACUGUGGCUAUUAAAAGACUUAGCUUUAACACAACACAAUGGGCUGAUCAUUUCUUCAACGAGGUUAAUUUGAUCCGCGGCAUUCAUCACAAAAACCUUGUAAAGCUGUUGGGGUGCAGCAUUACAGGCCCUGAGAGCCUUCUUGUUUAUGAAUAUGUGCCUAACCAAAGCCUCCUUGAUCACUUUUCUGUUAGAAGGAUUUCUCAACCACUGACCUGGGAAGUCAGGCACAAGAUCAUAUUAGGAAUUGCAGAGGGUUUGGCCUACCUACAUGAGGAAUGUCAUGUGAGAAUCAUUCAUAGAGACAUAAAAUUAAGCAACAUUCUACUUGAGGAUGACUUCACAGCCAAGAUUGCUGAUUUUGGACUUGCUAGAUUAUUUCCAGAAGACAAGUCUCACAUUAGCACAGUCAUUGCUGGGACAUUGGGUUAUAUGGCUCCUGAGUAUGUAGUUUGUGGGAAGUUGACUGAGAAAGCAGAUGUGUACAGUUUUGGAGUUCUAGUUGUUGAAAUUGUAUCUGGUAAAAGAAACAGCUCCUAUGUUCUAAAUUCAUCCUCUAUCCUACAAACGGUUUGGAGACUUUAUGGAUCAAAUAGGCUAACUGACAUUGUUGAUCCAAUCCUACGGGGUAUUUUUCCCGCUGAGGAAGCCUGCCGACUACUUCAGAUUGGGUUGCUUUGUGCUCAAGCAUCAGCUGAGUUGAGACCAUCAAUAUCAGACGUUGUUAAAAUGAUCAAUGGCAGUCAUGAAAUUCCUCAGCCAACGCAACCGCCAUUUAUCAAUUCUUCUAGUUCAGAACUCAGCAAAUCUAGUUUACCUGGAUAUAACUUUCACCCUGCAUCAUCUAACACUCAAUCUUCAGGAGAUGCCACAACUGAAAGUCUGUUAGAGCCUAGAUGAGAUGCACUUCACAAUCCUUCUCCUGCAACAUUUUUGUGCAUACAAUCCCAAAAGUUUCUUUACAAAAGCUGUUGGUAUUGGCAAGCUUCCCUUCUUAACAAGCGUGGUUUCGAUUAUCAGCAAGGAAUUGCCCCUACUUACGUCUCUGAAUUGAAGGGCCAGUAUGAACCAACUGCCAAGGGCUUGAACCGGAUGCUAUGUACAGAUUAACAAGCAAGUCUUUUUUUGUAUAAGCAAAAUAAAGUUAUUGAAACUGAAGUUAAUGCCUGAAGUUAAUUUGUCA